ACAGCGCUGGGAGAGAGAGGUAGUCAUUGCCAUUCACCAUUCACCCUCUGUUUUAUUAUUAGCUCGCUGGGAUCUUGCAGUAGUGCUCACUCUCAGCAUCAGUGGACUUUCAUUGCGCAACCAAGUAGCCUGGUCAUAUUGGGAUCUCGAGUGAAGGUGUGGAAAUACAGCGAGAGAGGAGCGAAGCGUUGGGAGUCUGUGGAAGCUGCUACUGUAGGUCAGGUAGGACUCAAUUGAUGGCCCUUUAAUUUAAACCCACUACGUCGUUCACCGCGCACUCAAGCACAGAUCCGUUUUCGCGUCUCCAUGUUCAAGACGGUCAAUUACCCGACGGUGGAUCCUGCGCCCACCAUCAUGCACGGUACUUGGUUUACAACAGGGUGUCGAGAAAACACGCCCGUGGCGGUGGACAAACCUAAGAAGAAGCCGUUCAACCUGGUCAAAAUUAUGUCUCUCAACAACAAGAAGGGGCACGGCAAGCAUCAGCAGCACAACAACAACAUGCCCUUUACGAUCCACUGUCAGAUCGGGAAAGAGAUAAAGCACAUUUGCAGCAAUUGCAGCCGCGGGAACGAUACACAGGAUGCUGAGGAGGUUGAGAGGCUGGCCGCCAUGCGUUCUGAGUCCUUGGUCCCAGGCACCCACACCCCACCCAUCCGUCGUCGGAGCAAGUUUGCCACUCUGGGACGCCUCCUCAAACCCUGGAAGUGGAGGAAGAAGAAGAGCGAGAAGUUCAAGCAGACCUCUGCUGUUGUUUCGGAUGCCAUAAUGGUGAUCAAACCUCCUGUGUUGAUAGGGAGCAGACCAGCCACUGGGCAUGCAGAUGUUGUUGCAGCUCUGGAAAGGAAGAUGUCCAUGAGACAGAGCAGAGAGGAGCUGAUCAAGAGAGGCGUGCUGAAGGAGAUCUUUGAAAAAGCAACCGUUGAAUUCCGAUCCUCAAUGGAUGGUGGAGUCUGCACUCAGGAGCCCUCUAUUAAGUCAUCUAUGGUUAUGCCGACCAAGAAAUCUGUCACCUACGCAGGUGAUCAUCAGGAUACCCCUGCCAAGCCCCCGUUGUACCACAAACAGCCUCCUGCUCUCCCCCCAAAGCCUUUCUCUAGGAUCCCCAACCACAGCACAGAUUCUUGCCAGCCCAUGAAGCUGCCCUGUAUGGCCGGGGGGAAGCUCUCUCCCCCUCUACCUCCCAAGAAGGUGAUGAUUUGUGUGCCUCCAGGGGGGCUGGACUCCUCCUCCUCCCCCUCUCCCACCCCCAACUCCCUUGGCACCUUCACCCAGAAGUGCACCCCUCCUCAGGGCAUGCCCCCCCACCACGGCACCUUGCUGCCCUCCCAGCUCUCCGGCCUGUCCAGCCUUCACCAGAGCCAUGGUCACCCGCUCCAGCUUCAGUAUGGCAGCAUGCACGCUCCCAGCCGCAUCAUCGAGGAGCUCAAUAAAACUCUGGCACUCUCCAUGCAGAGGUUUGAAAGUUCUGCAUUACACAGUGGUGGUCAGUGUACUCUCCUGGACAGAAGAGAGGUCCCGUCUGUGAUCAUUGACUGUGAGGACGACAAGGAGAAUAUGCCUAAUGAGUCCGACUAUGAAGAUCUGCCUAGCAUGUACAAGGAUGAGGAUGACGAUGACGAUGAUGAUGAGGAUGACGAUGAAGAUGAUGACUCUAUAUUUACAAGUACCCUGGCUCUCAAGGUGCUGAGGAAAGACUCCCUGGCCAUCAAGCUUAGUAACCGUCCAUCCAAACGAGAGCUGGAGGAGAAAAACAUCCUGCCCAUGCAGACAGAUGAGGAGAGAUUGGAGUCCAGGCAGCAGAUAGGCACCAAACUAACACGGCGAUUGAGUCAGAGGCCCACAGCCGAGGAGCUGGAACAGAGAAACAUACUCAAACCUCGCAACGAGCAAGAGGAGCUGGAGGAGAAGAGGGAGAUAAAACGAAGGCUAACACGAAAGCUGAGCCAGAGGCCAACUGUAGAGGAGCUGAGACAGGCCAAGAUCCUCAUCCGAUUCAGUGACUACGUAGAAGUGUCUGAUGCCCAGGACUAUGACAGGCGGGCAGACAAGCCCUGGACCCGGCUCACAGCAGCUGACAAGGCAGCUAUACGGAAGGAACUCAACGAUUUCAAGAGCAACGAGAUGGAAGUGCAUGAGUCAAGUCGCCAUUUAACCAGGUUUCACAGACCGUAGUAGACCAUCACUGUCUCGAGCAGUGCCAGACCCGGCACUCUCCUCCACUGAGAACCUUAAGUGCUGGACAGUAAAUGGUGCCCGUUUCUACAAUAAGGCCAUGACUUCUGAAAUGCCUUUUCAAGACCCAUACAGCUGAGUCGGUACUACACCCAAGAUGCACCCACCCUGUAUUUCAUACACUGUAGUAGCACAUAAUGACUCCAGUUGCCCCUCUGUGGAAUUUACCAGGCUGUCCCUCAAACCCCUGUGCAAAACUCUCAGGCAGGCACCCGUUUGGAGAGUUUGGUUUGCAAUCGACAAACACUUUCCAGAUAUGUUGAGGAGCCACUGAACCUGUGUGCCCCUCAUCUCAGUUCAUCGAUAACACCAGUGGACUUGAUUCAGCUACUGCUCUCAGUGGACAUUAAUACUGUUUUUAUCCCUCCCUUUAUGCUAUCACCUUGGACCCCUCUUGCCCCCUACGGCCAGGGGAAUGUGUACAACUCUGUGGGAAGAUGCAGGGUUUGUUUGUAUCCGCUUGCUGGCAGCAGGCAAUCUAUCUUCACUGCUUGUCUUGGAGUUCUGGAAAUGGCUUAGAAACACAGGGAGGGAGGGAGGAAGGGAGGGAGGGGUCCAACAUUAGAAUCAUGUGCAAUAUUUUCUCUCUGCUUUUCUUAGAGUAUAGCGCCCUCUGGGGUCUGCUCUGUGUCAUUACUACGUAGUCUCGACUACUUCUCUUCCCUGAUAUGUGCUAUUCCCAUUGUACCGACAAUGUUGACAUCUAAAUGCUAACUGUGAAUUUGAGAGUUUGGGCGAUGCCUGCACUCUCUCCAAAUGUACAUUUUGUUUAUACUGAGGUAGGAAAGUAACAAAGUUACAUUUAAAGAAGAAUCAUGCUUGACUAAGUUUCAUUCAUGUCAGAAUCUAUGAAUCUUAUGGAAAAAAAAUGCAGCUGGCAGAUAUAUUCUGCAUCCAGUAUGUGCAACAAUUUACUGCUUUUUUAUAUUAUUUUGCCUGUUUUUGAUAGAGGCACUUGGAUUUUAAACACUCAAUUAUACAUGUCUUCAGGGGACGUCGCAGCUCUUUGGAACGAGUGAUUUUGGAAUAGAAGAUCCUAGAACAAAGACCAAGAGCUGGGCUCACCAUGUUGUUACUCAUACGAUAUUUUUCUUGUUUGCAGCUGUGUGUUUAAUGAUCUUUUCUCAACUGGUGCACUGUAUUACACAUUGUACUUUUUUGUGUUCAUACUCUUAUUUCUUUAUAAGCUGUUGAUUAAGGAAUAUUCCUUCCGUUUGUAGAGAAAAGUUAAACUGCAGGUGUUAUCCCCUUUUAUUUUCUACUCCACUUAUAAUCUGCCCCGCCACUUCAGGGUUUUUAAUUUUCUUUUAUACUGACGAAGGGUUUAGUCAGAGGACUUUUCCAGCAUUUUCUUGAUUGAUCCACCUUAAAAUCUGUCUCCUCAGCAGUUUUUGCUGACGCAUUUUCAGCCAGUAUUGGAUUAAAUUCUCAGUUCCAUAUGAUUGAAGAUGAUAUUACCUUAUCAGUUCUGAGUAGUGAGUACAGAUUUUAGUAGAUUCAAUGAGUCAGGGUUUUGCUAGAAUGAUUUGCACUGGUUAAGACUGUGGCUUCACGGCGGCCACUGUUUUUAAGGUCAGGACCCAUAUACGUAAAAUAUUGUUGGAGUUGUGAUCUACGACCAGUUUGCCUCUUGACUUUAAUAGUCUUGUUAUCUGAUUUUUGUUCCUAGACCAGUAUUCCAAUGCUCAUAAGCUUUACGUAUACAGAUUAUUUUUUAUUAUUUUUACUGUUUUAAUUUUAAAUUUAUAAUAUUGAAUUCUUUUUGUCAUAUGAAGAAUAGUAUAGGUGAUACAUGCAUCUUCAAAGAAAAAUGUACACUCCCUCAUUUUCAAGGUCUCCAGCAGUGUAGGAUAGAUGACCCAAUAAAAACUGAGAAAACCGGGGACAAAGAAAAUGGUUAUGCACUUUAUGGUUUAUAUAUUAACAAACAGGGGUUUUGAUAAAGAGUUUGGAGAAAUUCCUCUCUAGCACUAGUACACAGGUUGUUCUCAUUUACAUUGUUCCCACUAUAUUUAUUAAUUUAUUGCUGUUUAUUUUUUUUCUCAAUUUCAUUGGGUCACCGAAUGACAGAGCUUGUGAAAGAGGAGAGAUGAGGUUUUUUAUUGUCAUUAUUAUUAUUAUUUUUUUUUUUUUCUUUUUGUGCUAGAACCAGCUUCCAUAUGAUUCCAGCAUCAUGUCAAUUUUCCGUCCAUAGGUCCAGAACAUAGAGUAUAGUAUUUAUGCAUUUAUCCAAAUCCACUCCAGUUCUGUCGUUUUUAACACUGAGAAACUACUUGAGCCAUCGGGCUGAGCAUGAGGCUACCCAUUUUGCUGGAAUCAAGGAAUAUGAAUUCAGCAAUAAUCUGUUUCCUUUUACAUGAUGGUGGAGAGAACGAAACUUUGAAAGUGUUCUUUUUUCUCACUUUUGAAAUACAGAUUACCAUGUAAAGGAUACAUCAUGUCUAUUAAAAUCCAUUUCUGAAUGCA